AUGAAAUCGCUGGCCAGUCAGUGUAGUUUUUGUGCAAGUUCCAACCCGUCAGCGGAUAACCUGUCACCGGUUUUAGGGAUUGGCAUCCCCACUAAAAGCCGAUUUCCAAGGGAAACUGAGGGAGGCAGAGUGGUUGCACUUUGUUUGAUCAGUCCCUUGGCCAGCCCUAAAGUGUUUCCUUUUGAUCCAUGUGGUGGCAGAGUUGCUGGCUUAGCUGGGGCGACCAUCGAUGGAAGCGGGAACUUCAUAUGUCCAGACUUUGAGCUUACAAGAAUGUACUGCCACGAUGUUCAAGAGCAACUCUUUGCUGUGGCUUCAGGUAAGGCCGUUUGCCCUGUGAGAGAUCGACCACUGCCCAAGUUCAGUGAUUUGUUCUGCUAUAUGCAACUUGCGGAACCGGGCCUGCACCAGAUUUCAAGAUUCAAGGCAUGUGCAAGCAGACCAGGAAGUCAUUGA